CUGGACCGUCUCUCACAGAGACACCGCAGGAAAAGAACAGCAGAUCAGCGGCUGGCUGCGAGAAAGGUCUCUGUUCCAGCGCACGCAGACACUGAACUUCUGCACAUUACAAAUGGAAAUAUAACAGCUCCCGUUACGACAGAACCCGACCCGAAUGGGUCUCAGCGAGGAAACUGUGCGCUUCGUGAUUUCUGACGGCAGAUGCGUGCCACCGACGUGACAGUACAGGGAGAUGAUCGACAAGUAAACCCUGACCCAACCCGAGCCACCCAGCCAUGAUCAACCAACACAUUUUCCGCCACUACAACUACACGGGCAAACUAAGCAACCGCAACGACACCGAAAGCGCCCCGGCGGACCCCAAAACGGCCGCGUUUUUAGUCGUCUGCGGCCUCAUCGUCUUGGAGAACCUAAUAGUGCUGGUGGCCAUCUGGCAGAACCACAAGUUCCACAACCGGAUGUACUUUUUCAUCGCCAACCUGGCUCUGUGCGACUUGCUGGCCGGCGUGACGUAUAUAGUCAACCUGCUGAUGUCGGGCCAGUGGACCUUGCACUUGUCUCCGGCCGAGUGGUUCGUCCGCGAGGGGAGCGUGUUCGUGGCGCUCGGCGCGUCGAUUUUCAGCUUGCUCGCGAUCGCCAUCGAGCGCCACCUCACCAUGAUCAAAAUGAGGCCGUACGACGCCAGCAAGAAGUACCGGGUGUUUCUGCUCAUAGGCACCUGCUGGCUGAUCGCCAUCACGCUGGGAGCGCUGCCCAUUUUAGGCUGGAACUGCUUAGGCGAUCUCCCCCAGUGCUCCACCGUCCUGCCUCUGUACAGCAAGAGCUACGUGGCUUUCUGCAUCACCAUCUUCCUCUCGCUCCUGCUGGCCGUCUCCGUCCUCUACGCCCGCAUCUACGCCCUGGUGAAGAGCAGCAGCCGCAAGGUCACCAAGCACAGCAACUGCGAGCGCUCCAUGGCGCUCCUGCGCACCGUCAGCAUCGUGGUGGGCGUCUUCAUCGCCUGCUGGACGCCCAUCUUCGUGCUGCUGCUCGUCGACGUGGCCUGCGGGAGCGGGAGGUGCCCGGUUCUGCUCGAGGCCGAUUGGUUCGUGGCGCUGGCCGUCUCGAGUUCGGCCAUGAACCCCGUCAUCUACACGCUGGCCAGCAGGGAGAUGCGGCGGGCGUUUUACGGGCUGGUGUGCGGGUGUCUGCCGCGGGACGGGUGCAAGCAGAACAACGAGCCCAGCCGGAGCAAGUCCAGCUCCAACGGCCCUCGGCAGGAGAACCCGGACUGACUUUAAGCGCGUGUUGGAACAAACCCAAGCAUCCUGCUCGUACACCGCUCGCUCGCUCGCUCGUUCAUGUGAUGGUGUAACAUCUAAACACUCUUGAAUCAAAACGCCUUUACUUGAGCUGAACGAUGCCUCUGUUUUUGCCUCAAGAUAAAAAUUGAAGUACGUACGUUUUCUGAAAAACAACCCAAAACCUGAGCGGGUUUUUCGGUUGUUAAGGGAAGAAAAAACACAGAACAAAAACUUUUCCGCUUCGAAUCAAGUUAAUCAAAGGUGAAAUAAAACGAUUUGGUCGCUGAAACAAGGUGAACGUCAACAGAUAUAAAACAGAGCAAUAGAGAAAAGGUUUUAUGGAGAUUAUUUCUCGUUUUAGCUUAGUUUGAGUUGAUGUGCUAAAAUAACUCAAAUGAAAAUUAUAGAUAUACAAGUAAAACACAAAAA